AUGGCGGGCUUUUUGAUCCCCCCGGGGUACAAGCCCGAGACUCCAAACGAUUUGGAGAUGAACAUCGUCAGUCUCAUCUUUGGCUUCAGCCUGGGCGCGUCAAUGUUCACUGCUGGCAUGGCCAUCAAGCAGACGAUGCAGGCGUACCAGAGAAAAAGGCUCUUCAGUGCAUACAUCGUCAUGUGCUGGCUUGAUUGGACUGGAUGCAACUGCAUGGGAAUCAUCACUUACUGCUGGCUGCGAGGCUACGCCCCCCCAAGCUUCUGGGUCUUUUUCUUUAUCAUUGUUUUUUGGAGUAUGCAGAUCCAAUUUACCCUCCAGAUCAUCAUCAAUCGAAUAUCCCUCCUCCUCGGUAACAAAACGAACAUCAACAGAGUCAAGUGGGGAGUUGCAGUGAUUGCAAGCUUGAUCAACAUCAGCGGCUUCUGCAUCUGGGUACCGGCUCGCUUACAGAUCUCUCACCUGUACGAAGAAAUCAACAUCGUCUGGGACCGAACCGAAAAGGCUGUCUUCUUGAUCGUCGAUCUAGCGCUCAAUCUCUACUUUAUAUACCUGGUUCGGUCACGACUUAUCGCUUGCGGAUUGACGAAGUAUACUGAGCUGUUCCACUUCAACGUCAUUAUGGUUAUUAUAUCAGUGUCACUGGAUUGCGUGCUCAUGGGAGCUACUUUUCUACCCAGUCCUGUCGUCUAUGUCCAGUUCCAUCAACUCGUCUACCUCCUCAAACUGUACAUCGAGAUGAACGUCGCCUCUCUUCUCGGCCAUAUAGUCAAGAGCUCAAGAGAGCAGGACGCUAGGCCCUCCGAGGGAGGUAGACAGAGGGUUCGCGAUGAGUUGGUUAGCGGUCGGAUGACUACGUUUGUCACGGCGAGUCGUACAGGUCAUGUGCGACUGGAUGAUAUGUCGCGAGAUGACUCGUACCGAAGGACCCCCGACUGGGAGAAUGGCAUAAUGAAGAAGGUUGAGACUAAGGUCGUCUUUACAGAAUCCCAGGACCAGGCGUCCACCUCAGAUCAAGAGCGAAUGGUAUGA